UUUUUUCUAACCGAUAAGCAUCUACAAUGCUUAGUUAGUGUGUCAACUCGAGUAACUUUAAUUAAACUAUUUUGUGCAUCUUUAAGAAGAACUUUGUGACACACUAGAUGGGAAUUUGAAGGUGAUGGAUUUUGUCACCAAAGUUUAUUGAAAUAUAAAGAUGUUGGGGAGAAUGCACUACACUUUCGCGUAUGUGUAAAAAUUGAAUGCAAAUGAGCGCCUUACUGCAAACAUGUCGCAUAAAAGUUUCGAGGAAAUCAGCAUAGAAAAUUCGGAGUUUGGAAGUCAGAACACUUUUCCGUAUUAUUUGAGCAGGAAAAAGGGCAGAAGACGAUCCAGCUUGUUGCGAAAAAAAUGCCGACUAGUGCGUCGCGUGGUGAGAAAAAGCGGCAAAUCCUCGAUAUUCCAAAAAAACGACAGUUUCCGUUUGUACAGAUAUUGCCUGGAUCUGGUGAACACCAUUAUAAAUAGCCAGUGGAAAUGGACGAUGCUUUUUCUCUCUGUAAUAUUUAUAUUGACCUGGUUUAUUUUUGCUUGCUUGUGGAUGCUGAUUUCGAUUGAAAAUAAGGAUUUUGAUGAGACUAAUAUGGAGCCCUGUUUGGGUGGGGUACAAGGAUUUGCAGGUUAUCUGUUAUUCAGCAUCGAGACCCAAUCGAGCAUAGGUUACGGGAAUCGUUACAUAAACCAUUAUUGUCCGGAAGCCAUAUUUCUGAUGUGCGUCCAGAUCGGCACCGGGAUCUGUAUAUGUGGAAGCUUAAUAUGCAUUGUCUAUGCCAAGAUGAUCGGGCCCAAUCGACUGCACUCAACGAACUGUUUUACCAAACACGCUGUAAUAAACCAACGGGAUGGCAAUCUGUGCCUGAUAUUCCGAAUUCGCGAUUCUGGCGGACGAUAUGGCUGCUUGACCAAAGUCUCUGCUUACUUAGUGCAGAAAAAACGUGAGAGUUUGGCAGACGACGUGGCCCUUAAAUCCAUAAAGCUCGAAGCGUUCGGAAUACUGAUAUGGCCCGUCGAAGUGGUACACGUUAUCGACGAGACCAGUCCGUUCUGGGACCUUUCUGCAAAGGAUCUCAUCGUGAAAAGAUUCGAGAUUAUAGUUGAGAUGGAAGGAACUUGUGCUACCACAUCAUUGCCAUCUAAAACCAUUACUUCCUACCUCAGUAGAGAGAUUAUGUGGGGGCACAGAUAUCAACCUUGUGUCUUCUAUGAUAAAAACAAAAAGUCCUUUAUAGUAAACCGAAAUUUCUUUAAUAAAACUGAAGAAGUGUUAACCCCACUUUGCAGUGCAAAGAGAUUGCAAGAGGUUUAUAUGGACUUAUCUUCAUCAGAAAACAAUCCCUUUACCAGUACAGAGAACACAAAUUUAUUCAGCAGCCCUUCAACCACCUUAUCUCCCGUCACAGUUUAUGAUGAUGAUAUAAAGAAGGCAUACGAAACAUCAUAUUCAUCUUCAUCAGAUGAUGAAGAUGAUGGUUUCACUUGUGAAGGUUUGUGUAUGAAAGAACUCUCAACUGACAAUCUAUACAAAAGUUUGGACAAUUUUGUUGUGGAAAAUGCCAAAACCAAAAAGACUAUCAUAGAUGAACAUCAUUGUAAAUAUAAUGAAACUGCCUUUUAGUGGAAAGUAUUUUAUUCUUCCUCCAUUCUUUUGGCGCUACACAAAGGCGUAUCAAAAGAUUGUUCUCAGUGGCGUAGCGUGACGAAGCACUGGUCCCCGCAGUGGUGUCGAAAACCCGUCUUAAAAUCUACGUAAAACGGACCGAAUUCGUCAAAUGGAAGGGACGAAGUGUGAGGGCUAUGAGACGUCCUUUUAACAAGAUAUCUGUCAAAUUUAACAAUUAUGAGGGAAAUUCUGAGGGGGCUGUGGACGAGAGAGGCCCGACCAGAGAAAUUUUUCCCAUGGCAAAUACAACUUGUCAUGGCAGUUACGAAUAUUUCAAGGCAAACAUGAAUUUUUGAAUUGCAAACUGCAAAAGCUUAUCAAUAAAAAAUAACCUUUCAUAAUAAUAAUCAUUUUUAUUUGUUCAUAAAUAAUUUUAUUUUAUAUCUUUGUACAGUAUUU